GCUGUCAGAACGAGUAAAGCGCGCACACACGUUGUGAUUCGUCAUGUCUGACAUGAGCGACCGCCUGAAGGGCAAACUGAAGAGCAUUGCGCGGCAGACGCCCAACGGGUACCGCAAGCAGCACCCCGGCAGCGGCCCCCGUCGUUUCGUCGACGACAGCCACCCGAACUCGAAGCGUCCGCGAGCCGAGGAGGGUGAAGGGACGGCUGGGAGUGGCAAAGACGGCGGUGGUAGCGGCAAUCGUGCGCCGGCGAAGGGUGGGCGCACCGAGGAAAAGGGCGAGGGCGAGGGUGAAGUGUUAGGCGUCAUCCCGAAGAUCACGUUGGAGGAGAUGGGCGGCCUGGCGAAGGAGCUUCCCGUCAUUAAGGAGCUGAUCCAGCUGCCGAUACGUAUGCCGCACCUCUUUAGCUGCCUCGGUGCGGACCCGCCAUGCGGUGUGCUACUGCACGGCCCGCCAGGUGUGGGCAAGACGAAGCUAGUCCACGCCAUCGCCGGAUCCUUGCAGGUCCCUCUGUUCUUUGUGUCGGCGCCGGAGAUCGUGUCCGGCAUCAGCGGCGACAGCGAGGCGAAACUGCGGAAUCUCUUUAUGGACGCGGUGGCGGCGGCGCCGAGCAUCGUCUUUAUUGACGAGAUCGACACGAUCGCCGGCCGCCGCGAGGACGCGCAGCGCGGGAUGGAGGGCCGCAUCGUCGGGCAGCUGCUGACCUGCAUGGAUCAGGUGUCUCAGGCGUGGCGGCAGUACAACAAGGUGGUGUGUGUGAUGGGGGCGACAAAUCGGCCCGAGGCACUCGACACGGCGCUGCGCCGCGCCGGCCGCUUUGAUCGCGAGAUCGCCCUCGGCAUCCCCUCCAUCGACGAGCGCCAGAGCAUUUUGAAGAUCAUCUGCGCCAAACUGAACCUGGCGGACGACGUGGACUUCUUUGAGCUGGCCAACAUGACGCCGGGCUAUGUCGGGGCCGACUUGCACCUUCUCGUGAAGGAGGCGUGCAUCCUCGCGAUCCGCCGCAAGUACAACGAGCUCGACGAGCGCGGCGGCCUUGACGACGUCAACCCGGACGAGCUGACGGGUUUCUGCGUCACCUUUGAGGAGCUGAAGGAGGCGACGAAGCGGGUGCAGCCGUCCGCCAUGCGCGAGGGCUUCACGACGAUCCCUAACGUCUCCUGGGACGACGUUGGGGCACUGGAGGACGUGCGGGAGGAGCUGAUGACGAGCAUUCUGCAGCCGAUCCGCGCCCCAAAGCUGCACCACCGCUUCGGCCUCGACCACCCCGUCGGCGUCCUCCUGUACGGUCCGCCCGGCUGCGGGAAGACACUGGUGGCGAAGGCGAUUGCGAACCAGUCGGGUGCGAACUUCAUCUCCAUUAAAGGGCCGGAGCUGCUGAAUAAGUUUGUCGGGGAAAGCGAGCGGAGCGUGCGCAUGGUGUUCGCGCGUGGGCGUGCCUCCGCACCGUGCGUGCUCUUCUUCGACGAGCUGGAUGCCCUGGCGCCGCGCCGCGGGUCGGACCGCGCCAACGCGAGCAGCGAGCGCGUCGUGAAUCAGCUGCUGACGGAGCUGGACGGCGUCGAGGGCCGCAAGGACGUCUACGUGAUUGGGGCAACGAACCGACCCGACAUGAUCGACCCGGCGAUGCUGCGCCCGGGGCGGCUGGACAAACUGCUGUACGUUCCACUGCCAUCGGCGGAGCAGCGCGGGUCGAUCUUGCAGACACACGCGCGCCGCUACCCCGUGCACGUGAACGUGGAUAUGCAUCGGCUGGCGCACGACGAGCGUUUGGCGGGCUUCAGCGGUGCGGACUUGGCGGCCCUGAUGCGGGAGGCGUCCUUGACGGCGCUGAAGGGGGUCUAUCAGUCGCACACGAAGGACGAGCUGGAGGAGCUGGAGCGCGACAUCACCGGCAAAAGCGCCGACGCAGCGGAUUUGCCCACCAUCACACUAGAGAACUUUGAGGUUAGCCUGAGCAAGGUGCGACCGUCUGUGUCGGCUGCCGAUCGCGCCAACUACGAAAGCAUGCGCGCCGAAAUCCACAACAGCGCCAAGAGCACGGGAUAG